AUGGCAGGUAUUGGGAAACAUCACGAGGAUUCUGUUGCCAAGCUAGUCCCCGAGGCCAAGCUAGUCCCCGAGGCCAAGCUAGUCCCCGAGGCCAAGCUAGUCCCCGAGGCCAAGCUAGUCCCCGAGGCCAAGCUAGUCCCCGAGGCCAAGCUAGUCCCCGAGGCCAAGCUAGUCCCCGAGGCCAAGCUAGUCCCCGAGGCCAAGCUAGUCCCCGAGGCCAAGCUAGUCCCCGAGGCCAAGCUAGUCCCCGAGGCCAAGCUAGUCCCCGAGGCCAAGCUAGUCCCCGAGGCCAAGCUCACGUUGCCGAGGAUGUACCCGCCGAUGCACGUGUUCAGGGACCGCGAUUGA